GGGAGGCGGCUGCCAGGGCGAUGCCGGGAGGGGACGGACGCACGGACGGUCAGUGGCUCGAGAGGAAGAGCCGAAGCCGCUCGCCCGUUCGUUCGCUCGCUGCCAGCCAUGCACUAGACGCGGACCCUUUAAACCAGCCGAAGCAGACUUGGACAUUGUUGGGCUCGUCGGCGCAAUGUCAGGCAACAACGCAGGCAACGUCGACCCGGCCUUCGCCAGCAUCCCGCGCAACUCCACCGGACUGCACAUAUGGAGGAUAGAGAACCUGAAGGUGGUGGCCCUGCCGAGGGACCAGUACGGCCAGUUCUCCGAGGGCGACUCGUACAUCGUCUACGCGGCCUCCGAGUACGGCAAGCCGGCCACGGCCGACAUGAAGCCGUCUCCCGUCAAGGGCAACCCUGAAAUCCACCUGCACUUCUGGCUGGGGCUGGAGACGUCGCAGGACGAGGCCGGCGUCGCCGCUUACAAGACGGUCGAGCUCGACGACCUGCUCGGCGGAGGGCCCGUCCAGCACCGAGAGAUCCAGGGACAGGAGUCCUCCCGCUUUCAGGCUUACUUUCCCAAGGGCAUGCGCCUGAUGAAAGGGGGCGUGUCUUCCGGCUUCAAGAAGGUGACGGACACGUUCACGCCGCGGCUGUACAGGGUGAAAGGUCGCAGGUCGCCCGUGAUGACCGAGAUGGCGGCCAUCAGCUGGAAGCACUUCAACAGCGGCGACUGCUUCAUCAUCGACACCAAGGACAUCGUCUUCGUGUGGACCGGCAAGAAGGCCAACAACAUGGAAAAACUCUCGGCGGCGAAGAUGGCCCAGCAGCUGAAGACCGAGCACGAGGCGACUGGCGUCGUCUUCAUCGAGGAGGGCCAGGAGCUCGCCCUUCCGGACGUCGAAAGGAAGAUCCUGUCGCUGUACCUGGACCCCAAGGCGGCCAGGUCGGAGAUCGCCGAGGCCACCGAGGACGCGAACGACGCCGCAGUCGAGACCGCGGCGCGCCAGCAGCUCCGCCUUUACCACUGCAGCGACGAGUCAGGCACUCUAAAGGUCACAGAGGUCAAGACCGGCCCGCUCAGCCAAUCAGAUCUCUCGUCCACUGACUCCUACAUCGUGGACAACGGUGCAAACGGCAUUUGGGUGUGGGUGGGAAAGCGGGCCAGUCCAAAGGAGCGCGUGGAGGCGAUGCGCAACGCUCACGGCUUCGUCAAGAAGAAGGGCUACCCGAGCCACACAGCCGUCACCAGGGUGAUCGAUGGCGGCGAACCAGUCGACUUCAAACAGCUGUUCGUUUCAUGGCGCAACAAGGACCAGACCAGCCCCGCCAUGCUCAACCAGCGCCCAAAUUCCGCAAACCGGAUCGCCAGGACAGUGUCAACGGUGUUUGACGCGACGACGUUGCACGAGAGGCCGCAGAUGGCGGCCGAGACGCAGUUGGUGGACGACGCGAGCGGUGACGUGCAGCUGUGGCGCGUGCGAAAGUUCGGCCUUGAGAACGUUGAAGACAAACACGAAGGUAUCUUCUUCUCUGGCGACUGCUACCUGCUGAAGUACACCUACCUGAACGGCACCAAGGAGCAGUACAUCCUCUACUACUGGCUGGGUCUGGAGAGCUCCCAGGAUGAGCAGGGUACAGCGGCCCUGAAGGCCGUGGAGAAGGACAUGGAGCUGGGUGGCUCUGCCGUUCAGGUCAGGGUGACUCAGGGCAAGGAGCCGCCGCACUUCCUCUCGCUCUUCGCCGGCAAGUUCAUCAUCAUCAACGGCGGCUACGCGUCCUCCUUUGACGAGUCUGAGGGACAGAAGACGCGCGAGUGGGUCGUGCCUGAGGAGUACAUGCUUCAGGUCUACGGCAACAGCAAGAUCAACACCAGGGCCACUCAGGUGCCAUUCAGAGCCGCGUCGCUCAACACGAAUGACGUGUUUGUAGUGAAACACAAAGGGGGCGUGUACGUUUGGUGCGGCAAGGGAUCAACGGGAGACGAGCGAGAAAUGGGCAAGGGUAUCGCCUCAAAGGUGGGUGGAGAAGACAACACCUUCGUCUCUGAAGGACAGGAAAAGGAGGACUUCUGGAAGGUUCUUGGCGGGAAAGAGCCUUACGCCGACAGCAAACGUCUCUCCGACGCUGCAGACCCGAUGCCAGCGCGUCUGUUCCAAUGUUCCAACGCCACAGGCACGUUCCGUGCCGAAGAGAUCGUGAACUUCGCCCAGACCGACCUGAUCCCUGAGGACGUGAUGCUGCUGGACGCGAACGAGUGCAUCUUCGUGUGGGUGGGCAGCGAGUCGCGCAAGGACGAGCAGAAGGCGGCCGUCGAGCUGGCCCUCGAGUACCUGCGCACGGACCCUUCGGGCCGCGGUCAGGGCACGCCCCUUCUGCAGCUCAAGCAGGGUUUCGAGCCGCCGAACUUCACUGGCUUCUUCGGCGCUUGGAAUCCGAACCUGUGGAGCGAAAACAAGUCCUUCGAGCAGAUGCGUGCCGACCUCGUCAGCCAAAAUGGCGUCAUCAAGCUCGACGUCAGCUCUGUCAAUGGCGGCAGAUCCACCUUUAAGGACUACCCGAAGUACCCGUUGAGCGUGCUGAGUGAGAAAGACCCUGAAAAGCUUCCUGAGGACGUCGACCCGACAAACAAGGAGAUGCAUCUGUCGAAUGAGGAGUUCAGCACACUCUUCGGCAUGGACUUUGCCGCGUUCGAGGCGCUGCCGCAGUGGCGCCGCGCCAACCUCAAGAAGCAGGCCGGCAUCUUCUGAACAAAACAAAUAAUAAUUUGUAAGCAAACGCGUUGUGAAACCUACGAUUAAGUUGAAAUAAAUUUUUUGCCCUUUAUUCCA